UGUUUUUUUUCAGUUAAGCUAACUUUUCACAUCUGAUCCGAAGCCAAAGUGUUCAAGUAAAGACUGGGAUGAAGAGUCUGGGGGAUUCCACAGGGAAGCAGCAUGUAGUUCACGGUAGACUCCGACUGUUUCCCCACUUUUAGACUCUAUCGUUUAUUUUUCUUUUCCGUCAGUUUGUUCCACCUGGAAAGUGUCUUUUAACGGCCAACCGACAUCAUGUUCCUGCGCGGCUCGAAGAAGCGACGGUCCAACCGCUCGCAGGAAGAAGAGGACCCAGACAGAGGCCAGCCCUGCAUGCGCUGCGGAGAUCAGUGUCCCGGCUUCCGCGUCCACGGCUGGAGGAAGAUCUGCGUUCACUGCAAGUGUGUGCGGGAGGAGCAUGCGGUGCGGUCGGUGCCAGGGCAGCUGGAGAAGAUGAUGACUAAGCUGGUGUCGGACUUCCAGAGGAACUCCAUCUCCGAUGACGACUCGGGAUGCGCCUCCGAGGAGUACGCUUGGGUCCCACCUGGGCUCAAGCCUGAACAGGUGUACCAGUAUUUCAGCUACUUGCCAGAAGACAGGGUGCCUUACGUGAACAGUCCGGGGGAGAGAUACAGAAUCAAACAGCUGCUGCACCAACUUCCGGCUCACGACAGCGAGCCUCAGUACUGCAACUCUUUGAAUGAUGAGGAGAAGAAAGAGCUUCGUACGUUCAGCCAGCAGAGAAAACGAGAUAACUUGGGCAGAGGCGUCGUCAGACCGUUCCCUGUCACCAUGACCGGAGCCAUCUGCCAGCAGUGUGGCAGACAGAUCUGUGGCGGAGACAUAGCUGUGUUUGCCAGCCGGGCGGGUCACGGCAGCUGCUGGCACCCCCAGUGUUUCCAGUGCUCGUCCUGCAGCGAGCUGCUGGUCGACCUGAUCUACUUCUUCCAGGACGGGCAGAUCUACUGCGGCCGGCACCACGCCGAGAGGCUGAAGCCCCGCUGCCAGGCCUGCGAUGAGAUCAUUCUAGCAGACGAGUGUACGGAGGCAGAAGGAAGGUACUGGCACAUGAAGCACUUCUGCUGCUUUGAGUGUGAGGCGGCGCUGGGCGGUCAGCGCUACAUCAUGAGGGAGAGCCGACCGUACUGCUGCUCCUGCUACGAAUCCCUGUAUGCAGAAUACUGCGACACCUGCGGAGAGUCAAUAGGUAUCGAUCAAGGCCAGAUGACGUACGAGGGUCAGCACUGGCACGCGGUGGAGUCGUGUUUCUGCUGCGCACGCUGUCGGCUGCCUCUGCUCGGCCGGCCCUUCCUCCCACGCGGGGGCCUCAUCUUCUGCUCCAGGUCCUGCUCCCUGGGCGACGACCCCAACAACUCGGACUCCUGCGACUCGGCGCUGCAGAGCAGGUCUCCCCAUCACGGCAGGCGGUGGGGGACGCCGGAGAGGCUGCACUGCGGUUCCCCUCUGCAGCCACUAGAGGGCGUCAAACACUCUCCUGCACAGGACUGCAUUCACACUGCAGUGGAGAAUAGAGGGCUUCACUGCAGCGCUCCAGUUCAGAAUGAGGUUCCGUCACACACCGGCCAUCCUCAUCCAAGAGGCUCCUACUCGCCUCUGCCUCACAUUCACCUGGGAAACGGCUGGCCCAGCGACGUUCCACAUUACAGUCUGCUGCCAGGGGACAGUAGCGUCACACCGCCAGCCACUGGUAUCCUGUUGCAGGAGGAGCUGAAUGGAAAUACUGGACUAACUGGAAGUAAUUCAAGAGGAACCUCCGCCAACAAAGACUGCAGGAACUGGGUGGAAAGGACAAAUCAGGCAAUGCAAGACACGCCGCCUCCGUCAUCAGACAGCUCCCCCGUCCUCCCACCUCCUCUGCCCGUUAAGUCCCGGGACCUGAUGACGCGGGACCCGUCCCGUCUGUCCCCUCUGUCCCCGUCCCAUCGGAAGGACCAGCCCCCUGAGUCGCCUCCCCCGCUGACACGCAGCGGCCAAGCCAGAGUCAGCUUCAGGGAGCCGAUCAGCAGCAGCUACUCUGUAGAGGAAGACGACGACGAUGAGGAGGAGGAGGGGGAGGAGGAAGAGAGGCUUCAAGUCACCGUGGAAACCAAGCAGACUGAGGAUGACGAUGGUGAGGUGGGGGGUUUUGGAAGCAGGCUGCAUCUUCAGCAAGGCAUCCCACCACAGAUGGAUCUACUGGAUGGCUCUUCAUAUCAUCGUCAUCACCUGAAGCGCGGGUGGGGCCGCUCCCGUACGUCCUCCGACCCCGUCCUCGGUCCGGGUUUGGAGCGGCGCCGGUCCGACAGACCCCGGCUUGACAGACCCCGGCUCGACACUCUGGACUUGAGGGCUGGAAGCCGGAGAGACGCCCGCAGCUCCUGCAGCAUCCCCUCCCUGAGCCUCCAGCAGGGACCCUACAAACACGAGGACUGCUGCUCCACCUGCUCCUCCUCCUCUGAGUCCGAGGAGGAAGGCUUCUUUCUGGGGCAGCGGAUCCCUCUGCCGCCGCAGCUUCGGCAGCCCGACGGCGGCCCGGCCGAGCGGGCCGAGGAGAUUCUGGAGGUGCAGAGAGACCGCGGCCUGAGAGGCAGCAUCCGGCGGAGACGAGCUCAGAGCGCGAAGGAGAAAGAUAAAAACUGCGCCGUGUCCUGAAGCCGACAGCGAAAGCUACUGACCAUCCAUCCUCAAAAUAUUACCAAGUAUUUCUGGUCUAGUUUCUAACGCAGGUGUCUGAGUAAACUUCAAAUAAGACAAAACUGACUCACAAGUAGCAAAAUAUUUGAAAUACUUUACAAGUAGCAAAAUAAAAGAGCUUGACUUAAUCAAUAAUUCACUGAUACAGAUAUCUGAAGUUUAGUAUCGAUUGAUGCAGAUAAACAGGACAGAAUUGACUUACUUUUUUUUUUUCUUACAGUGUUUUUCACACCUGAUAGUCUGGUUGAUUCGUUUUCAUUAUGGACCAAAAUUGCAACAUUUGUUACAUUUCAGCUGCUGUGGUUUGAUUUCACUGUGUCAAACAAAUCAAACCCUUUGGAAAACCUGUUCCCCUCCUCACCCAUGGGGGCGCUGCAGCAGGAACUACUGAAGGAAACGACACAAAUACCUCUGAAGACGACACAGUGUAACUUCCUCCUUCUUUCUCAACAAAGAUUGAGUAGCAUCAGAUUUUACCGGCUGUAGGAUUUCUGUUUGUCUUUGGUAAAAGCCCACAAGUCAUGUCUCCCACUAGCAUUAAACUGAAUUUAUUUUGGUUAUAUUACCCAGAAUGCCCUGUGCUGUCGUCUGCUUCCUGCUUUUGGAGUGAUUUCCGGCUGGGAUAAAAACCAACGUAAAAUAAACCACAAAGAAACUGAAACUGACUAAAACUGUAGGUUGACGACUUUGGUGAAUCAUGUAAAAAUAAACUGCAACAAAGUGCAGUUAAUAAUUCUAAAUAUAAUGUAAAAUAAAUAAUAAUUCAUAGAAUUAGACUGGAUAGAUCUGCCCUAAUAGACACAACAUCCAAUCUAGAUUUUUUUCUGCAAUAUCGGGACCGGUACAAAUGUUAAUGUAGAUCGCUCACUAUUAAGAAAUUACCGACUUAAAACAAACUUCUGUAUCUUGCUGAAAGUAAUUUGUAAGUUAGUUUUGUCUUAUUUCCAGUGUAUGAAGAUAUUUGCACUAGAAGCUAGACCUAAAAUACUUGGUUGUGAUUUUGCGGGGUGGUUUCUGAUGUGUCAAACCACAGCCUGUCUGCUAACACAGUGAGGGAAACACACGAUACCUCAGAAUGAGGCUCCACCGAACCUCAUUCUUCUGCUGCUGGUCUUUAUGUGACGUUACACUGCAAAAACACAACAAAAACACAACACCUUACCAGGUAUUUCAGGUCAGCUUUCUAGAGCAAAUAUCUUAGUACACUAGAAAUAAGUUUAGCUAACUUAGAAGUAAACUUUCACUAAGAAAUAGGAGCUUGUUUUAAGUAGAUAAUUCCUUCACUAACAGCAUUUUUCCUGUCAUAAGAGAAAUAAUCUGCCAGUAGAACUAGAACUUUUUCACCAAUUUUAAUUAAUUAUUGACUUACAAAAUUCUCCUAUAUUUUGCUAAAAAGUUACUUUUAAGUUAGUUUUGUCUUAUUCCAAGUGUACUAAGAUAUUUACAAUAGAAACUAGACCAGAAAUACUUAAGACUUUGUGUUUCUGCAGUGCACAUACACAUGCAAAGCCUUUAAAUAAAUUAAUCUUUUACUGAAGCUGCAUCACUUUAAAUGAGAAUAUUUAUGAAAAACAAGCACAGUUUCAGUUAAUUUAGUCAAUUUUGAAAAAAAAUCUCAUGUUAAGAAAAAAUUAUUAUGAAUUUGGGUUUGACCCUCUUGGCCAACAGGAUCAACAUCUUUGGCAAUUCCUUUUUGCUCUUUAUACGUCCUUAAAUUCUUAUAUUUAUAUAUAUUUAUAUUUAAGGCCUUAAAGCGUCUUAAAUUCCUACAAAUAGUAAGUUGGCUUUAAAUAUUUUUGGCAGGACAGUUUUUUUUCUUUACGUUCUGCGUUCAGUGUGGUUGAGGCUAUCGCUAAGUAGCUGCUAAUAUACCUUUGCUAGCUAGCUAACGUUUUUGCAUUUAUCGCAGAUAAGUGCAAAUUUAUCGCCAGUUGGCGGGAUGAAGUUUGUACAUUUCUGUCUUAAAAAUCUGGUUUUACUGAUUCAAAUUUAAGGCUUUUUAAGACCAUUAUUACAGACAUUUAAGGGAUUGCUUGGGGAUGCUAAAAACCGGUCAGGUUUCUACACCAAAUUCUUCUGUUUUCCGAGUUAGACUCGACGCUACUGCAAUAAGAGAUGAAUUUAUUUUAAGGCUUUUGAUGCAUCUUUACCAGUCGGCGGGGAAAUGUGAAUGAAACUUGUGGGUGGUGAAUGUGAAGUGACCAUUUGUUAUAAAGACAGACCACAGUGACUCAUUACUGCUCUUUAACGUUACAUUUAGUUACAUAACAAACCACUUUCACCUCCGUUUUUAACCAGAUGUGGGCAGACUAAAUUUCCCCACCUGUUACAAAACACAUAAAAGUGAACAAACAAAAAGUUAUUUAACUGGAGUAUUACAGGUCUGAUUGUACAGAUAGAAAAAUACCUGUUUAUAAUUUCAGUAUGAACCAGUUUUCCCAUAAAGCUGUCAGUGUAUUUCCAGCAUUUCUUUGCACUUUCUGCAAGGCAUUUUCAUUGCUAAGGCCACAAACUAACAUUGAAAUCAUGAGUGAGGCCUUUUCUCGGCUCUGUGUUCUCAGACAGCAUGAAUCAGCCAAG